AUGAUGAAGUACUAUGAGAUGAGAGGUAAGGAAUUAUUGGAUGGUAAUGUACUUACAGCUGCUGACCUCUGUGAAUGGAUGAGAGGAAAGAAUAAUAAUGAAGCUUCCAUAGUUGGUGUUGGCUUGCCUUGUUAUUCACUCCUACAAGCACUUAUGUUCUCCAUCAAAGCCAAUUCAAGUGGUGUAUUGCUACUUGAGGACUUUGAGAUUACCUAUUUUAACAAGCCAAAGGAUAAGUUGUUGGAUUGGUUCUUCAAUCCUAUGAUGGUUCUGAAGGAACAGAUAAGGGUCAUCAAAUUGGGGGAAGCUGAAUUGAGAUACUUGGAAAAAGUAGUUCUCUUUGGAUGCAACAAGCAACGACAGGAGGCUUGGAAUAACGGUGGAUUAAUGAUACCUGAUCCCAUGUUCUUAAUGAAUUUGACUGAUGGGUGUGCAAUGAUGAACACAUUAAUUGUUAGGAUAAUUGGAAUGAUAAGAGGAGUAUCAAAGCUGCCCACAUACAGAAGCAAGUUUCAUCAGAUUGUUAAAGCUUUGAUUGCUCAUUCCCUGGAGAAAGACCUUUCAAGAAAGGCUUUAGCUAUUCAUUUAGGGGAUGCAGUAGAUAUUUCUAAAAAGGCCUAG